AUGGUGUCCAAAAUUUUGCUCCAGGGCUCCCACUUUCACAGCUCCCGGCGCGAGAAGUUCGGCAACGUCUUCAAGACCCACCUACUGGGCCGGCCGGUGGUGCGGGUGACAGGUGCUGAGAACAUCCGCAAGAUCCUGCUGGGCGAGCACACACUGGUCAGCACGCAGUGGCCACAGAGCACCCAGAUCAUCCUGGGCUCCCACACCUUGCUCAGCUCUGUAGGUGACCUGCACCGCCAGCGCCGCAAGAUCCUGGCCAGAGUGUUCAGUCGUGCUGCCCUGGAGAGCUAUUUGCCGCGGAUCCAGAAGGUUGUGAGCUGGGAGCUGCGGGGCUGGUGCAUGGAGCCGGGCUCCAUCGCAGUUUAUUCCUCUGCUAAAACCUUAACUUUCCGCAUUGCAGCUUGGAUUCUGCUGGGACUCCGCCUGGAGGAAAAGCAGUUCAAGAACCUGGCCAAAACUUUUGAACAGCUGGUGGAGAACCUCUUCUCCUUGCCCCUCAACAUACCCUUCAGCGGGCUGCGCAAGGGCUCCCACUUUCACAGCUCCCGGCGCGAGAAGUUCGGCAACGUCUUCAAGACCCACCUACUGGGCCGGCCGGUGGUGCGGGUGACAGGUGCUGAGAACAUCCGCAAGAUCCUGCUGGGCGAGCACACACUGGUCAGCACGCAGUGGCCACAGAGCACCCAGAUCAUCCUGGGCUCCCACACCUUGCUCAGCUCUGUAGGUGACCUGCACCGCCAGCGCCGCAAGAUCCUGGCCAGAGUGUUCAGUCGUGCUGCCCUGGAGAGCUAUUUGCCGCGGAUCCAGAAGGUUGUGAGCUGGGAGCUGCGGGGCUGGUGCAUGGAGCCGGGCUCCAUCGCAGUUUAUUCCUCUGCUAAAACCUUAACUUUCCGCAUUGCAGCUUGGAUUCUGCUGGGACUCCGCCUGGAGGAAAAGCAGUUCAAGAACCUGGCCAAAACUUUUGAACAGCUGGUGGAGAACCUCUUCUCCUUGCCCCUCAACAUACCCUUCAGCGGGCUGCGCAAGGGAAUCAAAGCACGGAACAUGCUACAUGAGUUUAUGGAGAAGGCUAUACAGGAAAAACUGCAGAGAAACAACCCAGAAGAUCACAGCGAUGCUCUGGAUUUCAUAAUUAACAGUGCCAAGGAGCAUGGCAAAGAAUUCACCAUGCAGGAAUUAAAGGAGUCAGCGAUUGAGCUCAUAUUUGCUGCUUUUUUCACCACGGCUAGUGCUAGCACGUCUCUGAUCCUCCUGCUACUGAAGCAUCCCUCAGUGAUUGAAAAAAUAAGGCAGGAGCUGAUGGCCCACGAGUUGUACCAGCAGUGUGAGUGCUGUGCUGCAGGACCCUGCCCAGACACCCUGACCUCGCAGAGCAAGGACAGCGAAAAGCCACUUAACCCCAUGGCCGAAGAUGCUUGCAAGGACCAGAGCCAGCCCUUGCACCCAAUGAAGGAAGGCUUCCCUGAGUCCUGUGCCCCGCUGGAGCCCACCCUGCUCCAAAGCAGUCACUGCCCUGGUCCCCAGCUCCAGGUACCGUCAGGGCAGAGCUGUCGCUGCCCCUCAGACAUCAGCCUGGAGAAGCUAAGCCGCCUGCGCUACCUGGACUGUGUGAUUAAGGAGGUGCUGCGGGUGCUGCCCCCUGUCUCCGGAGGCUACAGGACAGCGCUGCAGACUUUUGAGUUGGAUGGCUACCAGAUCCCCAAGGGCUGGAGCGUCAUGUACAGCAUCCGUGACACACAUGAGACAGCCGCUAUCUACCAGAGUCCCCCUGACAACUUCGACCCAGACCGCUUCAGUGCCGCGCGGACGGAGGCUGUGGGACGCUUCCACUACAUCCCCUUUGGUGGUGGGGCACGGAGCUGCAUCGGCAAGGAGCUGGCACAGGCCAUCCUCAAGCUGCUGGCCAUCGAGCUGGUCAGCACAGCCCGCUGGGAGCUGGCCCCCCCUGGCUACCCCGCCAUGCAGACCGUGCCCAUCGUGCACCCCAUCAAUGAUGGGCUGCAGCUCUACUUCCACUCCUUGCAGCCCAGCUGCAGCAGCAAGGCCUGA